UGUCAGGUAGCACCUCACAUUUCGUUUUAACGCUGCCAUUUUCGUUUUGUGGCACGGUUAGCGGCAGUCUGAUAGUAAAUUUGCCGAGAUAUUCGACAAACAUUUAUACACGAAGUGCUGAAAAUACUUUGAAGUGUGUUUGUUUUUCGUGGCAUCCUCAGGACGAGGUGGUUACAGUGUUAAUCGCCUCAAUAAAUUGUUGACUUCCUUGGGUGGAGUGGUGAGUAGUGAUGCAGACAAGGUAGCCGGGCGGUGCGGGCGCGCCAUGCCGCUGCCGAAGCGCUGCGUGGAGCCGGUGCACGUGUCGCGCGGCACCGUGCCCGAGCGACUUUCCGUGCCCUCCGAAUUGGAGGCGGUCACCAACGGCACGCUCGCUAACACUGUCAGGCAGCUGUCGUCUUUGUCUAAACAUGCUGAGGACAUGUUCGGCGAGCUGACGCGCGAGGCCACCAACCUCGCCGAGAGGACCAACGUGUUGCAGGCCAGGAUAGACAGGCUCGCGAUCAAGGUCACUCAGCUCGACUCUGGCGUUGAAGAAGUGUCGCUGCAAGACAUACAGAUGCGCAAGGCGUUCCGCUCGGCGCGUACGUUCCAGCAACAGCUGUUCUCGCGCAACACGAUGCCGUCGGCGAUGCUCGCCACGUACGCGCGCUGCGACCGCCCGCCGCCGCUCGAGCGGCUUAACGAGUUCCGCGACGACGGCCGCGACGCGAGGAAGUUCUACACCGACCCGGACUACUUCUUCGAGCUGUGGCGGCGCGAGAUGCUGCAGGACACGGAGCGCAUACAGCACGAUAGGGGGAAGAAGGUGCGGCAGCCGCGCGGCGGCAGCGGCGGCGAGGGCCGCGCCACGCGCCGCGUGCGCGCGCUCAACACCACGCGCGAGCGGCACAAGGAGAUCGCCAUCAACCGCGGCGAGGUGUUCAUACAGGCGCACCACCACUACAACGCAGAGAUAUACCGCCCGGACCCCGUCUACGGCACCACGACGGUGACGGACGGCGGGUACAGAGCGACUUCGCACAACCGUCCGCCGUCCGCGCAGCCGGCGCGACCCAACUCCAUAGAGAUAGAGAACCAGCAGAACAACAGGACCAGGCUCACUGGCAACGGACACGUGGUGGCGGAGGAGAGUCCGUACGGGUCGGUGACGGAGCCGAUCUACGGCGGCAGCAUGGCGGGCACGCCGCGGCGGCCGCGCCCCUCCGUGCCGCCCCCCGCGCCCCCUGCGCUCGCGCACGACGCGCCGCCCGCCGCGCAUGCGCUGCACACUCCCACCAGGUCGACGCUGCCACCACCGCCACCUCCGCCGGAGGGUACGUCGCCGCCGCCACUGCUCAACGGUGCCUCGCCGCCGCACCGCACCGCACUCGACGCGCAUCUCGACCACAUGCACGCCGUUAUAGGAAUGAUGUCAUCGGAGGAGGUGGAUCCGGGCGUGCCGGCGGCGGUGGGUGCGCCGCCCGCUCCCCCCGCGCCGCCCGCGCCGCCGUCGCCGCCGCCGCCGCUGGCGCUGUGCGAGGAGGAGCGGCCGCGGCCUCCGUCGCCGGGCGCGCUGCUGCGCGGCGCCUCCGCGCUCAAGCCGCCGCGCCCACAUCCCGACCCGCAGCCGGACCCGCGCUCCGACCUGCUCAAGGCUAUCCGCGACGGUAUAAAAUUGCGCAAAGUAGAGAAGCGGUGCGACGAGAACACGGGCCGGUACGACACGCUCCGCGGCGCGCCAUUCUUGGACGUGGCAUCGAUCCUGGCGCGGCGCGUGGCCGUGGAGCUGAGCGACACCAGCUCGGGCGGCGAGUCGGACUCGGACGACUCGGACCAGUGGACCGAGUCCCGAGCGUGACGUCGCGCCUCGCCGCGCGCCCCGGCGACGGACCGGCCCCGGCCCGCCGCCGCCUCCGCCCCCGCCCCUGUGCCCGCGCCCGCCGAUACCGCGGACGCCGAUGAUGACGGAUGCCACG